UUUGCACACGGGCGGAGUGCAGCCGCGACGGGGCGGGCGAACUCUCGGGUGCUCACAGCCGGCCUCAGGUCCUUGGCGCCUGGCGCUAGCACCUCCAUCCCUACUUCCACCCCGACCCGGCCCCCUACCCCGACCCGGCCUGGCCCGGCCCCCGCCCCCGCCCCCCGGGCCGAUGGACUACUCCUACCUCAAUUCGUACGACUCGUGCGUGGCGGCCAUGGAGGCGUCCGCCUACGGCGACUUCGGCGCCUGCAGCCAGCCUGGCGGCUUCCAAUAUAGCCCCCUGCGGCCCGCCUUCCCCGCGGCAGGGCCGCCCUGCCCCGCUCUCGGCUCCUCCAACUGCGCGCUUGGCGCCCUACGCGACCACCAGCCCGCGCCCUACUCGGCAGUGCCCUACAAGUUCUUCCCGGAACCAUCUGGCCUGCACGAGAAGCGCAAGCAGCGGCGCAUCCGCACCACCUUCACAAGUGCUCAGCUCAAGGAGCUGGAGCGGGUCUUCGCCGAGACGCACUACCCAGAUAUUUACACGCGGGAGGAGCUGGCGCUCAAGAUCGACCUUACUGAGGCUCGAGUGCAGGUUUGGUUCCAGAACCGCCGCGCCAAGUUCCGCAAACAGGAGCGAGCGGCCAGCGCCAAGGGCGCGGCAGGGGCGGCGGGCGCCAAAAAGGGCGAGGCGCGCUGCUCAUCCGAGGACGACGACUCCAAGGAGUCCACGUGCAGCCCCACGCCCGACAGCACCGCGUCGCUCCCGCCUCCGCCAGCGCCGGGCCUGGCCAGCCCGCGCCUGAGCCCUAGCCCGCUUCCCGCAGCUCUGGGUUCCGGCCCCGGCCCCGGGCCACAGCCGCUCAAGGGCGCGCUGUGGGCCGGCGUGGCGGGGGGCGGGGGCGGCGGGCCUGGCGCGGGCGCAGCGGAACUACUUAAGGCCUGGCAGCCAGCGGAGCCCGGGCCUGGACCCUUCUCUGGGGUUCUGUCGUCCUUUCACCGGAAGCCUGGCCCCGCCCUGAAAACCAAUCUCUUCUAGCCGCCGGCCUCUGGAGGCUUCAAAGCCAGGCCCCAGAGAUGUCCCUGCCCCACCAGGACCUGAAGGAGUCCCUCCCUAUCCUGGCCACCGGCCUGGAAGUCCCUUCCGUCCCCACCGUGACCCCUAGGUGUGUCCUCCCCAGCUUUGAAGACCACGUCAGGGCCACUCUCAUCCUCACCCACUCCCCCACCAGCAGAGUGGAUGCUCUUCACUAAACCCCGUAUAGGAGAGCCCAGAUCCCUUCCUAGCCUGGCUUUCUUUGGAUCAGGGAGCAAAUAUUGCCUUCCUCUAACAGAGCCCAAAUGUAAGGGUCCUCGAGGAGGAAUGGUGCACCCGUUUCCCUGGCUCUGCAGCUGGCUGGGUCACUUCUUACCUUGGUGACUAUCAGUGCCCACCACUGCCCCGCCCCUCGAGCCCCACCCACACUGUCCUCACUUGUGCAGUCUGGUCAUCACUGGAUUGUCACAGCCUGAAGGUUGCUACCAUCAAUUCAUCCCUCACUUGUCCCCUCCCAUCCCUAGCCAGUGUGGCACAGAGGGUGAACCUGUUAGAGGAGUGGUGGGGCUGCUCUGGGAACAAGACUGAGGAGUUGCCUUUUUCCUUUUGGUUCCUUUUCUUUGAAAAACUUGUAAUUUAUUGAGGUGAGUUUUGCUCAAUCCAAAUAAAACUUAAUUUAUUGAGGAC